AUGACCAUGGGCAGGGUAGGUAUUUGGACUGAUCCACCAAAAGACCAGAAGACAAAGAGUGUUUAAGAUUUGUAUUUACACAGCUCAGUGGGGAUUGUGCUCAUGAUUCAUUGUUUUGCUUGCAGAUCAUCUUCUAUGAGGACAGGAACUUCCAGGGUCGCCACUAUGAGACCAGCAGCGACUGUCCCGAGCUGACCUCCUUCCUGAGCAGGUGUCACUCCUGCAGGGUGGAGAGCGGCUGCUGCAUGGUGUACGACCGUCCCAACUACACUGGAAACCAAUACCUCCUGAGGAGAGGCGAGUAUGCUGACUACAUGAGCAUGAUGGGAAUGUCCGACUGCAUCCGGUCUUGCCGUAUGAUCCCACAGGUAAGUUACUCUUUCUCUGUGUAGUUCCUCUGUCUGAUAUCUUUGAAAAGUUGAUCUCAUGUAAUUCCAGAUGCUCCCUUUGCAGCAUAGAGGAAACUACAGGAUGAGGAUCUAUGAGAGGGAGAACUUCACCGGUCAGAUGAAGGAGUUGAACGAGGAUUGCGAAAACAUCAUGGAGCGCCUCCGCAUGUCCGACUGUCAGUCCUGCAACGUGAUGGACGGCCACUGGCUGGCGUACGAGCAGCCCCACUUCAGAGGCAGAGUGAUUUACCUGAAGCCCGGGGAGUACAGAAGUCUCAGGGACAUUGCCUCCAGCAACAUGAGGGUCCAGAGUUUGAGGCGCAUCACGGACACCUGCAACUAG